UCGAUAAACAAAGUGGACUCGGUUCGGCGUUCCACGUAAUACGAACGAUUCUCUUAUGCGGUUUUGUCUGUUAUCAGCCACUAGAACGGGCGUUAGUGUCCGGAAACCCAGUGAAAGAACAGUGCCGAUCUGAACCCAGUUUAAUGUUCCGACAGUGAUUCGAUGCAAGUGCGUGAAAAUUGUGAGCGAUGAAAUCUCCAUAAAUGUGACGUGCCAAUUUUGGUACAUUUUGCAGUAUUGACGGGACUGUCUGGAAUAAUAAGUCCCUUUUCCCAUGAGUGUACCUUCUCAGUGGUGGUCAAUGUAGUGGUCCCAGUGGAUAAUCCUAGUAAGAUUAAGAUUAAGUGUAAAUUACGGUAGAAGAUAGUAGGGUCACAAUGCGCCCUCGGAAAACGUUCCUAAUUGCUGCUGUCCUGGUCGGAUGGAUUUUCACUACGUACUUAAUCUUUUUGAAGAACUUCAAGGAUCCAAGCCCACCGAAAAAUCAAGAAAUGGUCGAAAAGGUUCGCUACCUUGAGCAAAACAUUCAGCUUGCCGAGAAUAACCGAGAUAAGCUAUAUCGUGAGAUUAUAAACAUUCUCCAGAAGGAGGAAAAAACCACCAGUACUGAAGCACUCCCAGUGAUAGUAAAUAAUGUGGAGAUGGGCGAAAUUCCGGCACAGAUAUCUGAAACUCCGCCACGUGCGGAAGCUGACGUCGCGCUAAGUAAGUUCCAGGAAAAGUUUAUCAACGAUGAUAUCAAUAGCCCCAUUAUUCCGGUGCUGGUGUUUGCCUGCAAUCGUCUGUCGGUAAAUAGAUGUCUGGAUGACCUGCUGAAGCAUCGCCCCCGGGCGGACCAAUUCCCAAUCAUUGUGUCGCAAGAUUGUGACGACGAAGCCACACGAAAUAUGAUUUUGUCUUACAAGGACAAUGUAACCCUCAUCCGCCAACCGGAUCAGUCGGAUAUUACGGUUCUGCCGAAGGAGAAAAAGUACAAAGGUUACUACAAAAUCUCCCGCCACUACGGGUGGGCCCUGAGGACAGUUUUCAAGCAGGGCUUUGAAUCGGUAAUCAUCGUUGAAGACGAUUUGAGUGUCGCUCCGGACUUUUACGAGUACUUCCUGGGUACGUAUCCGAUCCUGAAGAAGGAUCGCUCGCUGUGGUGCAUUUCGGCGUGGAACGACAACGGGAAGGAAGGUUUGAUUGAUAGCACGGCCAGUGAUUUGCUGUAUCGGUCGGACUUCUUCCCCGGACUCGGCUGGAUGAUGACCAAGGAGCUGUGGGAGGAGCUGUCACCGAAAUGGCCGAAAGCAUUUUGGGACGACUGGAUACGGCAACCGGAGCAAAGAAAAGAGCGUACAUGCAUCCGCCCAGAACUGCCGCGGACGAGAACAUUCGGAAAAGUUGGAGUGUCCAACGGUCUUUUCUUCGACAAACACCUAAAAUACAUUAAGCUUAGUGAGGAUUUUGUUAGCUUUACAAAGAUGAACCUAACGUAUUUGCAAAAGAACAUUUACGACGAAAUAUUCCUGAAAGCGGUCUACCAAAGCCCAGUGGUAACCCUAGAUGAGCUCAAGCGAGGACUUGUAACGACCAAGGGUCCAGUUCGAAUAACCUAUCUAACCAAAGAGCAGUACAAACGAGCAACUAAGAGUCUCGGACUGAUGGAUGAUUUUAAGAGUGGAGUACCGCGCACCGCUUACCGUGGCGUCGUUUCGUUCUUCUACAACGGGCAGCGCGUCUAUCUGGCGCCGAAUACUAACUGGAAAGGGUACGACCUGACAUGGAGUUAACAGCAGCGGAUAAUUGUUUACCAGCGUUCAAGUUUUAGUCUAUUUCUAAGCAAUCUUCUAAAGUUGAUUUAAACUUUACGAAACCGAACAUGUAAGUCUCUAAUCGGGCAAACCAAUCAAGCAUUUCUCCAACAGCGCUAAAAAUGUACAGACUGAAAACUAUUGAUGUUUCCCCGGAAAUGCGAUGCUCAAGAUAGGACCUCGUCAGAUAAGAACCAUAACUACACUGUUUGCUACAAUAUCCCAGCGAAAUAGCGGGCCUGCCCGAAAGCAUCACAUUUACUUUCAUUCCUAUAUAGUUUUUUUUUAGUAUAUAUGAAAAUAUUUCCGUUCUUCCAAACGUUUCUGUUUUCUCUUAGCCACUAAGUUAAGCGUACUACUAUCGCUUGCGUGCUUUAAUUGUUAGUUAUUAUUAUGGUCGGGUACAAGCACUAGGUUUAAGUUUUAAUUUAUUUUACACAGGAUCAGCCAGUUUUGCAACACCUGAAGUUAUGCAAAUUCAAUGCAGCGAUAAGAGUAUAUGGAUUUUAGUUUGAAUUUGAUACUAGUCAAAUAUCAUUUAUCAGAGACAUCUUUUGAAAAUGUCGUAAGCUUUUUCAUAUUCGAAAAUUGACAUUUAAAUUUAUGAUUCAUGUGAAAAAAGAAAAGCGAGAAAGCAAUACUUUAAGAACUUGUAACGGAUAACAUGAACGAAUAAUUCGGAGCCAAACAUAAUGUGAAUGACAAAAACACUAACCACAGUUUUUAAGAUAUGUGUAGAUGUAGGAUGCUCAUUAUUUCGUUGUGAGCCUUUUCACGUGAGCUAAUAAACCAUCACAAUCAUGGCAUUGUAAAAUUUACCAGUAAAAAAUCUUUACUCAAAGAAGAGAGUGAGUGCAACUGAGAUAUGUGAAGGAUUCACGAAGAAACUUAUUGAACCGAGGGAAAAGAUCUCAGAAUGUAAUUUUUGACGGAUUUCUAACCGUAAUGAAAACAAGCAGUAAAUACAAAUUUGAAAAUAUAUUGGCCAGUGAUUGGCUGUGAUACUAACUAA